UGUAUUUUUAUUUUCUGCAAGUUGCAAGUUGCAACUCGCGUUCCACUGUCGUCUGCACUAGCCUAACGUCAAAUACUAAAAGCAAACGACGAAAAUUGAAUCAACACUCGAUGGGUUGAACUAAGUCUAAACAUAUUCUGUUGUUUAAAAUCUUUUUGCAUUGCAAAUUUUAGAAAAAAUAAACUAAAAACUGUUUAUAUUAAACAAUGAAACCAAAAAGCUAAUCCAAUAUAAAUCAGGCAGCCUCAUACACUAUUUUUAUAGCAGCUUGUUAAUCUCAACAGAUGUUGACUUUAUUGCUUAUCUAUUUACGGAUGACAAAAUUGAGAGCGUGAGGUUAACUUUACAUAGAAAAAUACAGUUUACUACUCAAUUCACAAAUAAUGGAGCGUGAAGAAGAGUUCUUAAAUUCUUUUUUUACUCAAGUUACACAGUUAUGUUUUGAUAAAGCAAAGGAGUCAGUGGAAAGGGAAAGAGAAUCCUGUCGAUCUACACAAAUGGGACCAUGGGGGAUGUUACUUACACAUUUACCACAAAUAGCUGUAGCUGAAAAAUCAUAUAUUGACUUGGGAUUUCUUCACACUAAAAACAAAGGAUUUCUUCGUAAAGAUAAUUCAUUAAAAACUGUUUAUGAGUCAUUAAAAAGUGAUUUGAAAAGAGUAGAAGAAAUGACUUAUGGUACAAAUACAGUAGGUGGCACAGUAGCAGAAAUAUCAAGCCAAAUAUGUCAAUUUAUUACUGCACGAGUUCAAUUAAUUGACUUUUACGAGAAAACAUAUAAUAUGAGUAUGAACAGUAAAGUAAUGCGUCAUCAAGAAUUGUUAGUAGUGAUUGAAAGUAUCAUUGAAGGACAUUCAUUGUCGUGUUCUCACAUAUCAUUAAAUACAAUUAAAACUUCCCUCAUAUUAGAGUGUGAAAUUUUAAUGCAACUCAUAAAGGCUUAUAUAGAAAUUCAAACAUGGAGAUUUUUACCAUCGUUAAUGGCCCUUUACGGUGCUCAAGCACGUAUGUCAGCUUGGGAAAGAACAUUACAAAAUAAAGAAACUUGGAAACUUGGUUUUGGAGCCACUUUUCUUAAAGCUAAUCAACAACCAGCACUUUUCCAAUGGCUAGUUAAAUUGAGAAAUGCUGUUUUGGCAAAAUUUUCUUUUUACUUUCAUACUACUUUAAGUCAACAAGCCAGUUCAGGAGAGAUGAAAAGUAUUAUGAGCAAACAAAAUGUAGAUUAUUAUCAUAAAUUACAAACUUUUCAAAGGAAACAUGACAUAUCAGCUAUAGUACUAGUUUUUGAAUCCAGAAAUAUGUACGAUUCUGGACCUGGCUAUAGACAUCCAAAAAGAGAAAUGGAUAAGACAGAAGAUUUUACCAUAAUAGUAUCUGUUCCUCAUACCUAUAGUCAUAGACCACUAAUGAAUUGGUAUGGUAUCAAAAAGCAUAUAAAGGAGAGAUAUGCAGAAUUAAUAAUGAUGGAAAAAAUCAUAUUUUGCAAAGAAACAAACGAAAUGUGGGUGUAUGCUAUGCAUAAUAUCGAUCCACGAGUAACCAUUGUUGUUUGCUAUGAAACGUGCAAUAAACAAAAAGAUAAAGAUGCACAUGUUUCAACAUUUAUUUCAGAUAUUAGUUUACAGAUGAGAUGCAGUAAAGUUUUUGAAAGUUUAAAACUUGUUAAAUGAUUAUUAAUUUUUAUAAAGAGAUUUUAUGAUAUUUUGUUAAA